AUGUCUCUUAAGGUGAUCUUCGUAGCGUGUGUGGCCGCAGUGGCUCUGGCCGAUAAGGCUCCCGUGCACCAUCUGCCACCUGUCUACGCCGCACCCACGUACCAUGCCCCAAGACCAGUAUAUCAUGCCCCACGACUUGCAUAUCACGCCCCACGACCUGCAUACCAUGCCCCUGCCCACUACGAACAUCAUGAAUACCCUACUGUGCGGCCGCGGUGGCUCUGGGCGACACGGAUCCCAAUUCCUGUGUCCCCUCAGCGCCACGUACCCUACCCCGACACCUGCGUACCCAGCCACCACUUUUUCCGAAGAACUUUCGAAACCCUUGAAAAUUUGCCCACACUUAUACACGAGCAACUAUUUUCAUCUAUGAAAUUCAUCAAAAGCAGAACGAGGUUACAACUGAAUGUUAUGCUGCACUCAAUCACAAAUUCAACAUUGAAAGAGUGGUGA